AUGUCUGUCUUCAAGAUCCACCCAACAAUGCAACAAUAUGACUGGGGCAAAUCAGGCUUUACGUCCGUCGUCGCUCAGCUCGCGGCUGCGUCGGGCGUGCCGUCGUUGAAGGAUAUCGAUGAGAGGAAGCCUUACGCUGAGCUAUGGAUGGGCACCCACCCAACCUCCCCAUCCCUCGUCCUAUCCACCCAUGAAACCCUCUCAUCCCACCUCGCAGCCCACCCCGAACUAAUGGGUCAAAAGGUGAUUCGCCGAUUCGAAUCACAAGGCGCGGAGAGGGGGAACCUACCCUUCUUGUUCAAGAUCUUGUCCAUUGGGAAGGCGUUGAGUAUACAAGCUCAUCCUGAUAAGCAAACAGCGGAGGAGUUUCAUAAGAGGUUGCCGGGGAUUUAUAAAGAUGAUAACCAUAAACCAGAAAUGGCCCUCGCCAUCACGCCGUUCCGCGCUUUGUGUGGGUUUCGGCCGCUCAAUGAGAUAGCAGCGUAUCUGCGUUCGACGCCGGAGCUCGCAGCGCUUAUACCGCAUGAUGUCCUAACUGCGUUUCUCGACAUAUCAUCAUCACCAUCCAGCAACACGCCCAAAGAGAAAAGCGCACUGAAAGCCCUCUUCGGAGCAUUGAUGACUACACCAGAAGAGAAAGUAAAAUCCCAGCUCGACAUACUCGUAUCGCGGUACCACUCCACCCUUCCACCACCCAACGAUAAAGAAAUAGUAGAUCUGGUACUACUACUAUCCUCUCAAUACCCAAACGACAUCGGCAUCUUCUGCGCCUUUCUCCUAAACCACAUCCACCUCUCCCCAGGCAACGCCAUCUUCCUCGGCGCAGGCGAACCGCAUGCCUAUCUAUCAGGGGACUGCAUUGAAUGCAUGGCUAAUUCAGAUAACGUCAUUCGAGCGGGCUUGACUCCGAAAUUGAGGGAUGUGGAGAGGUUGGUGGGGUGUUUGACGUAUGAGGCUGGGGAGGGGCGCAGGCAUGCGGUUACCCCGAGAAAAUGGGAGGGGGGUCAGGGUGAGUGGUAUGAUCCCCCUGUUCCGGAGUUUGCGGUGCUUGUUGGGAAGGUGGGGGAAGGGAAGGAGGAGAGGUGGGGUGUGGUUGGGGGGCCGUCGAUUGUGCUUGUGUCGGAGGGGAGGGGGGAGGUUGUGUGGGAUGGCAGGAUGGAGGUUGGGAAGGGGGAUGUGUUUUUCGUUGGGGCGGGGACGGAGGUUUUGCUAAGGGGUGGUGAGGAGGAGAUGGUCCUUUAUAGGGCUUUUGUGGAGGUUUAG